AUGAGUAAUAGCAACAGUCGGAAAUUGUACACCAACAUGGAGAGACCAUCCUCGUCCGCCAUGCAGAUGCUCUAUGCGGAGCUGGCAGCAGUGAAAUCUCAAAAUACUCGCCUCGAGGAAGAGAAUCUAUUGCUGCAACAUAGAUUGAAUCGUGUGUCCACUGAUCAACACACAAAUUCCGCAGUGAAUGUCGAGGCCAAGAUCAAGGCCUUCCAAAUGGAAGAGGAACGUGAUCGCAUAUUGGAAACCUUGCAGCUGCACAAGAAGAAGUAUAAUAAGUUGCACGAUGCCUAUCUGGAAAAGGUGACGCGCUGCAAGGCGUUGGAGGAAAUGUUUAAAAGGCAAAAAACACUUACGGGCUUGGUUAUGAAAUCCGCAGUAGACCAAAGGAAUUCAGAACAGCAAUUCCUUUUGGAGAAGCGCCGAUCACAGCAACAAAGUGAGCAAAACAAUGCUGCAGAAGUGCAGCAGCUACAAGCGAAGAUCGCAAAGAUGCAAAAGGCCUUGGACGAGUCUUACGACAUCAUUGAUGAGAUGGACUUUGAGCUGGAAAGUGUUGAUUUGCUGGAGAUGCAAAAUAAAAACUUACGUGAUGAGAUUUCGGCUUUAAAGGCCCAAUUAGCGACGGCUCCUCCAAUGCCGACAGAUAUCGACGAUCCACCACCAAAAUAUGCGCCGGCAGAUCCUGCAGGUCUCGACGCACAUCGUGACUACCGCCGAAAGGUUGCGUCUACCCGCGACAGUGAAUAUUUCCUGAAAAACGACGAUGCCGAUGCUGAAACACUGGAACGUGCCGCCAUGACUCAUAGCCUGGUUCAAACUGUUGAGGCAGAAAGCAAUUGCCUGCGCCGUGAGCUUUUGCGUUCGCGUUAUCGACUCUCCAUACGUGCUAAAUUGGAGAAAGAAGAGGAGGAGGAAAAUCAACAAGACGAUUAAAAGUGGACAUUAAUUAAACUGAUUGAUUUACAAGUUUUAAUAGUAUUAAGAUUAUAACACAUAAGGAUACAUGACUAAAUACAGGCUACAGUGCCUUCUCGCAAAUUUAUCAGUGUAGUGCAAAUGAUAUUGCAAAUGGAAUGCAAGUUUGGUAAAAUCGAUCUUAUUUCGCACUUAGACGCACUAUGUUUAACCCAGUUAUGAGCAAGUUACGCCUUACAAGUGAACAUACCAUUUGUCUGCCACAUGUGGUGCACAUAUUACAUGCCAGCGGUAGCAGCAGUAGCAUACUGUUUAAAACAAGAAAAUAAAAUAAUUAAUAAAAAUUGCAAUGUAUGUAUGUAUGUGGCGAGAACGUGAUAGUGCGUAACCUGAAUUUGAUUUUUAAAGCAUCAACAUCAAAUAAACCAAACGCCGUCUAAUGGCGAUUAAUUAAAAUAUUUGUUAAUGACAUCAAACAGGUUAUGGCCGCAUCAAUUAGCAAACAGAGGCACGCUCUGGAGGAUCUAUUCAGCUAACAGCACACGACACAAUGUGCCAACAUUUUAGCGAAACAAGUAUUUUUAUGAUCCUUUUGAUCGCAUGCGAUAAUUUAUAGACAUUGCGCAAUGUUUGCAUGCGAUAAAUUAGUGUGACAACGUUGAUACCUUUAGGAAUCUAAUGUGU